AUGUGGUGUGGCCCCAACUCUACUGCUCCCAAGAGGUCUGAUGUGUUGACUGUCACUCCGUGGUUGGCUCCCAUUGUCUGGGAAGGAACGUUUGACCCUGUAGUCAUUGACAGCAUGUACAAGCCCCUGAACCUUACCAUUGCAACCACUGUAUUUGCUGUUGGAAAAUACAUCCGCUUUUUGGGCAACUUCCUGGAGACAGCAGAGCAGCACUACAUGGUGGGGUUCAAAGUGCGCUACUACAUCUUCACUGACCAGCCCGAGCAGGUGCCUGCAGUCACUCUGGCCCCUGGGAGGAUGCUCAGCAUCACCAAGGUCCCCAAAUUUAGCCGGUGGCAGGAGAUCUCCUUACGGAGGAUGGAGAUAAUUCAGACGGCCAUCGAGGAGCACAUCCAUAAAGAGGCCGACUACAUCUACUGUCUGGAUGUGGACAUGAAGUUCCACAACCGCUGGGGGCCCGAGGUGCUGGACACCCUGGUUGCAGCAAUUCACCCAUGGUUUUACACCAUGGACCGUGAACAGUUCACUUACGAGCGGCGCCCUGCCUCCAAGGCCUAUGUCCCAAUGGACCAGGGGGAUUUUUACUACAUGGCAGCUGUGUUUGGGGGUCGUGUUGAGGAUGUAUACAAACUGACCAAAACGUGCCGCGAAAAUCUAGAGGAGGAUAAAAAGAAUAACCUGGAGGCUAUCUGGCAGGAAGAGAGCCACCUCAAUAGGUACCUAGUGUACAAGAAGCCCACCAAACUGCUGUCCCCAGAGUACAUGUGGGAUGAUGUUAUGAAAAGGCCCCCCGAGAUGAGGUUGAUCCGUUUCUCAGCUAUUGUCAAGAACAAAGCUGAAGUUCGAGAAAAUGCAUAG